AUUCCGUGUACAAAUGGACAUCCUCACCAGUGUCACAAUGGAGGACAAAGCUAUACACCAUAAAAUAUUUCAAAUACUUAACAUACCUGAAAGCAUUUCAAGACAAGGGAUGGAUGAGAGGAAACAGUUUCUUUUGGAGCAUCAAGAGGCUGGUGAGCUAGUACAUACAUGUAGCAGGGGAGAAUCACAGAAGAUUGCACAAGUAACAUGGAAUUACAGAUUUUGGAGAUCUGAGUUCGCCAGAUCCUGCAUAGGCCGUUAUCCACAUACCGAUAUUUAUAUCAUUAACAACAAAGCUUAUAGAAAACUAGGUGGAUACCAUAGCUUUCCAGAUAAUGUCAGAUGUGUUUUGUACUGCCUUCUGUUUAUGAAAAAUUACACUAAAAAAGACAAAGAUUACCCCUUUCAAAGGCUUCUGGAGAAUAUCAGAAAGAAAUAUUUUCCACAACUUGUUCAUUCUGUUGCUGUUACAUUGUCAAAUGUUCCUAUGGAUGUGUUAAUACGGAGGCAGGUUUAACAACCUUUGCAUCAGAAGACAUAAGACAUAAAGUCAUGUAUACAUUCGUCACCGCGUGUUUAAUGGAGGAUAAUGAUCUGGAGUUUUUCUUGUCUGAGGCUUCGAGCGACGUCAUUUUAGAAUACUGCAGAUCCUGGGAGUAUGAGAGAAGUGAAAGAGAAAGAUGUCUGUAUAUACCGUACAGACCAGAGAAAAUGAUAAAUGCUCUUAUUGACAAACUACAGAUGAAUAUCAUCAGCCACUGCACAAUUUCAGAUGAAAAUGUCCAUGAUAGUAUUUGUGAACGCUUGGAAGUCCCAAGAGAGGUAUUAUUUUGGGAACAGGAGGCCAGAGAGCGGUAUGUGGAGUACGCUAAGAGAGGAACACAGACAGUCCACCACGCCCGGGGGAUGAUUGUAGGAUGUGCUGGGGCGGGGAAAACCACGCUACUUAAACGUCUGCUAAGGUGUAGUGAGGAGGAAAUAAUGAACGUGAAAUCAACGGAAGUCUUGGAUGUCCAUGAAGAAAUUAUUGAUGAAAAUCAAUCACUAAAAGCUACAUCCCGGACUACAAAGUACAGUUUUGAGGAGAGACCUUCAAAAACUUUGACGUUCUUUGAUUUUGGAGGUCAGUGUGUCUAUUACGCAUGUCACCAGAUUUACCUCACCGGAAGAGCCUUUUACAUAGUAGUAGUAGAUGCCUCAAAGGACCUGAACGAAAAAACAGAUGGCAAUGUGUGUGAUCAAAAUGGGAGUCUUUUCUCAGAAUGGACCUACGGAGACUACUUUGAAUUUUGGAUAAAGUCUAUUCAUACUUUUUGUGGAAGGGAAAAGAAAAUGAUAAAUCGACCAAUAGUUCUCAUUGUCGCAACGCACUGGGAGAAAACUAAUUACAAGAGUGAAGAGGAAUUUGUUGAACGCUUACAACAAAACUUCCCAAAGAAUUCCAACUUACUACAGUAUGUGGACAAGGAUAGCUGCUUCUUCACACAGUUUCCCAUCACACCUCUGGAGGCUUUAGAAAAACGUAUUGUAGAGAUUGCAUCUCAAAAGCGGUGGAGAGAGGAGAUUCCAAAAGGCUGGGCCUUUUUUGAAAUUGAAAUUAAUCAAAGAAAAGCCGAGAGAAAAAUGUUGGACUUGUCAGACAUAGUUUCAAAGAAUACAGAAGAUAAUAAAGAAAAUAAUGAAAGGAAAGAUAUGUUGCGUUAUUAUCAUGAUGCAGGGAAGGUUUUGUACUUUAACGAAGAUGGAUUAGAGAAAUGGAUAAUUAUUGAUGUACAGUGGUUUGUGAAUGUCUUCAAAGGCAUCAUCACUGAUAAACUUCAUUUGAAAGGAAUUGAAGCUACAUGGCUAGAUUGGGAUGAUUACUACAAUACUGGUUGUCUACGGAAAGAAGUAUUAAUGGAAAUAUUUAAACGUAAAGAAAACAAAAAUGCUACCGCAAAUUUCACUGUUCGGGAGAAUCAAGCUUCCCACAAGUCAGAUAUAACUGUUUAUUACGUGAGAGACGAAACACAAAGUUCUGGAAAAAAGAACAUUGAUCAGAGUUCUCCAUAUCUCUUGAAUAACUUGGACAUUAUUUUGAACUUCAUGCAAAGACUCGGUUUAAUAGCAAAAGGAGAGAAUUAUCACUAUAUACCAUGCAUGAACAGGAAAACAUUUGACAAAAGCAUUCUAAAUAUGAUAGGCGAAACCCAUGAAAAAACAUCGAUUCUUCUUUUCCAUUUCAAGUACCUUCCCUACUUUUUAUACUUUCGUCUUGUCGUUGCAUGCCUAAAUUUAGAGGGUUGGAUUGCGUUAAAAAAUAAAAGUACAUCCUGUUUGUACAAAAAUGCUGCCUUUUUUUCAUACAAUGAAAACAUCAUUGCAAUUGCUGUGACAGAAACAUCAAUUCAGCUACAAGUAUACAUUCCAAACGACGAAUCUCACACUUCCGUGGAAAUAACUCGAGAUAUCCAAGGAUCAGUUGAAAAGAUACUGAAGAAAAUUGCUACAACUUUUCACAGGAGAGUGGAAUUUGAAAGAGGUUUUAGCUGCAUGAAUGAAAAUGAGCAAUACAUAACAAUUGAUAUGGAAGAGCAUUUUAUUCCGGGAAAAAGCGUCAAGAUAGGAAGCAAAGUUAGUUGCCCAUUACAUCGAUUUGAGGGUCGCCACUUUAUCAAUACGAGUGAAUUAAUGAGGUUCUGGGACUUUGAUGCAAUGUAGCAUACCCAGUAGCUUAUGCGAUUCACAAAUACAUUUCCAAAAUUUAUUAUUGCUUGUCUUUCUCUUCAUUCAUUUGCGAUGGUAGUUAUUUAGUAACUCAGU